AAAACAGUAUUUAUAUUGCCGCAGAAGUGGGUCCUAAAUCAGCACUAAGUUCUAUCUUUUACGGCGUCGUUUUGAAAUUUUCGUUAUAAAAUUGAUAUAAACUAAACCCAACGGGCCUAACAGUUAGGCCCGAUAAAGUACGUUUAGAGCUAGGAUCAUCUUCUCCGGCAAUAUCGCCGGGAAAAUAAAUGUUGGCGAUAACGAGAGUGAUAAGCCGGCGACUUCACAGAACAAGCGAUGUUACUGUUUCUCCAAAACUCUCAGGAUUCUCUAUUGUAUCUCCCAAACACGUUGAGGUAGAGUAUGCAGAUGGAACCAAGUUCAAGUUUUCAUCAGAGUUUUUGAGGAUUCAUAGUCCAGCUGCUGAUGGGAAAGUCAGAUCUAUCGGUGGUGAAAAGGUGAUAUCUGGAAGGCGGUAUGUAGGAAUCAUGUCUGCAGAACCGGUUGGAAACUACGGGGUAAGGUUAGUGUUUGAUGACUUGCAUAGAACGGGGAUAUAUCCAUGGGAUUAUUUCCAGGAGCUUGGGAGCAACAAGUUUGGUCUUAUGAGAAGCUACAUCAAGACUCUUCAAAAGCAUAAUCUCAGCUCUUACUCAAAUGUUUUUUUUUCAUAACUCAUCCGCAAUAUACUUAUAACUCAACCGCAACAUUCAUCUGUAACGCGUUACGGCUGAGUUAUAGUUACACGUCAACGAUUUCUGAUGUGGUAUCUGACGUGACAAUGACAUUUUAUAAUAACGUUUUUUCCGGUAA